CUCGCCACCAGCUGACAAAAACGAAAAGCCAACGCGGAAGUAAAACUUCAAGCGGGUUUGUUUUGUUCUUGCCCACCAUUCUUUCCUCGUGGACGAAGCCGUACUGGCUGAAUACCCAACUCUCCGUCGACAGAAACAUGUCUAAACUACAAUUGUUUCGUGUGUUUGUAAAUGAGCGUUUAACAGCGGCAGCUGUGGAGAUUUUCGGGGCAGUUGAAGAAACGGUAGCGGAGUACCAGGAGGAGAAUGAUCGGCUACGGAGACUGCUGCGGGUCACACCGGAGAUAAAACGAUGCAGAAUAGACUCCCUGCAACUCUCUGUCUCUGAGGAGGAGGUUCUCCCUGAGCAGCAGCACUGUGAGCAGGAGUGGAGCCCCAGUCUGGGGCAGGAGAACCCAGAGCUUCCACAGAUUAAAGAGGAACAGGAGGAACUCAGGACCAGUCAGGAGGAAGAGCAGCUUCAAGGGCUGGAGGCUGAUAUCUUAGAGUUCAAAUUCACUCCUUCCUGUGUGAAAAGUGAAUGUGAUCAGGAGGACCUACUUCAGUCCUUGACUCUUCCCCAAACCCAGACUGUGGAGAACAGUGAGAGUGAUCCUAAACAAGUGGAUCUCACACCUUUUGUUACUGUGACCCACUUUAAGGGCCUCAGCAUUCCCUGUGACCCACCAGAUAAUACAAACAAUGCCUCUAGCCACAGCUCAGCCGUAAGCAGAAAUCCAGUAGGACUUGACAGCAGCCCAUCAUUGUAUCCAAACCCAGCGAUGGGGGAACUCUGUUUCAAACCCAGCACCACGUCUAGAAAAACUCACCACUGCCGUGACUGUGGUGAAAUGUUUGCUCUGAAAGCUGACCUGAAGAGUCAUGUGACUCUCGCCAUGCAGAGACCCAGCGAAUGCUGCGUCUGCAGAAAACACUACAACUCCAGCUGUAAACUGAAGGCCCAUGUCCGACUCUGUCGUGGUAGGAAACCGUGCACCAGCCCUGUUUUUAGCAAGACCUUCAAACUCAAUGCAGAUCUGUCCAAGCACAUGAGGAUUCACACAGGGGAGAAAUCAUUUAGUUGUGGAGACUGUGGGAAGCGCUUCAAUCGCAAGGGGAACCUUAUUGAUCAUAUUCCUAUUCACACAGGAGAGAAAGCAUUUAGCUGUGCUGACUGCGGAAAAAGAUUCAGUCAGAAGGGGACCCUACGGAAGCAUAGACUGACUCACACAGGAGAGAAACAAUUUAUCUGUGGAGACUGUGGGAAAAGCUUCUAUCAGAGAGGGGACCUAAGUAGGCAUAUACGGACUCACACAGGAGAGAAACUUUUUAUAUGUGGUGACUGUGGGAAAAGCUUCAAUUUGAAGGGGAACCUAAAGAAGCAUGAACUGACUCACACAGAAGAUAAACCAUUUAGCUGUGAUGACUGUGGGAAAAGCUUCAAUCACAAGUCUAAUUUACUGACACAUGUUAAAAACAUCCACAAAGGAGGAAAACAGGAGGAAAUCUUAAAGAACUGUUUAGUCACAAAAUUAGAAUAAAAAGGCAGGAUGUGGACAAUACUCUGAGUACACGCUCAUGGACUCACAUCUAUUGGUUGGUGGAGGACGACACGAUGAUACCUCUCCUAGGGACCUGCUCUCCAUGCUUCAGGAUUAAAGUUCCUCUGGUCUCUGAUCUAUUCUAUUGGUAACCUGCUGUUUCUCUCCACAGUGCUCUCUGCUACACUCUGGUUACUUUACAUCUGUCUGGAGGGAGAGAUAGAGGUCACAGAAUGAGGUUUCUAGUCUCAACACUCUCCAAGGCUUUUGAGGGGAAAAUACAUUUUUAGAAGAAAAUACCUGAAACAGUGUCACAGCCCGUUUAACCCGUUUGUAAUAUGUAUGCCCUUUGGAUAAAAUCUCCUGCUAAAUGGCAUAUACAAUGGAGUCUGAACUGAUUGACGUCCUUGAUAAAUAUGAGCGGUCAUGACUGUAUCAAAUAAAUCAUUCAAAUGCUGAGCUAUUUUGUAUGCUUAAAAAAAUUGGGAAAGUAUAUUAUUUUAUAUUAAUACAAAUGCUCAUAGAAAU